AUGGACGGUACGAUGUUUCCUCUCGUCCGACUACCUGACAACGCACUUCUUCAUGUAUUACGGUCUAUGGAGGAGUUGAGUUUAAUCCUGUUUUCCCUCAUCUCCAAUCGAUCGAAAAUCUUGACCAUUUCUGCAAACCUCAAGCUUGAGAAUGAUAUCAAGGUACUGUACGGAACAGAAUUCACAUUUCAGCUUCAAUUUUCGAAUCGUAAUGUCAUUGAUUUCAAUUUAUACGAUAGAAGUCUGUGGACCUGUCACCUCCCAACCAUGGAUCUUUCUCACUUUGUUUUCUCUACCGUACAAGCCGACCAUUUUCGGCCUAACGAGAUAGAAUACAAAGAGUCAAAGGGGUGGACAGCUCGACAAUACCUCCUUCAUUUUUUGGACAUUCUUCACAAACCGGAUGUAUACUUCUACUAUAGAGACCCAGGUUUCAAUGCUGAUUGUGUAUCGAAAACUAUGAAGGGGGUCACAGUAAAGAGAUUGUGUACUUAUGUGCAAUUCGAAUUCGAAAAGACAAUGAAGGCGUUGAAUUACCCCAGUGAGAUCUGGUUUGAUACAAAUCAGUUCACGAGUCACGAGUCUCUCAGCAAGUUCUACAUACAGAACUUUGAUUAUUUGAUUUUGGCUUAUGGAUUUCUGGUCACACUCGACGAUCUGUUGCUAAUGAACUGCAAAAAUAUUUUUGUGCAGCAUUCAAGACUUCGUGAGAAGCAUCUGAAUAUCUAUCUCAAAUCAUGGCUCCGCGGACAGAAAGAGGAGUUGGAACAUGUCCGUUUAUUGGCGAAUCGAAUCAACGGGGAAGAAGAAAUAGUUCCAUUUACCAAGGAGAUUGUGCUGAAAGGAUUGAAGUAUACUACUGUUCCAGCGGAUGUGGAAAGAUUGUUCUAUUAUUCCGUUUCCGAUACAGAUGGGAAACGUGUGAAAACUAUAAAAGGAGGAUAUGAUAUCAAGAGAAAAGAUGGGAGACUGGUGACAAUUGUUCUGCAAAACUACUGGCCGUAUUUCGACAUGUAUGUAUGGCCCAAUGACCUAUAA